AUGUCUAUUUUUUGUCAAGAUUUGAUUGGGCAUUAUCUAUGUCCUUUACACUGCUCAAUAAUUGGAAACUCUAAUUUUAUUUUUAAUCGUUUCUGUUCAUCAAAAGAUCGUCAUAGUGAAAUUUCAACAUGCAACACAACUGAAAAGAAUGGUUGUUACUCAAUGACAAUUGAUUUUGAAAACAAUAAUGGUGAAGAAGGUAGACUAACAAAACGUGGUUGUUAUUCAACAUUUGUUAGAAAAUUUGGAAUUGGUUUACCAAAACUUGAUAAAUGUGAAUAUUAUGAAUUAAAUUUAUUUGGAAGACAUUAUGAAGCAGAUAUAUGUCGUUGCUCCUAUGAUGGAUGUCCUAUAUAA